AUGAAGUCAACUCUGUUCCUCUUGGCCUGUGCCUUUACCGGCAGUGUCGUCGCGCAGAACAGAAAGGACUACUUUCCCGAGUGCUCUCUCAAGUGUCUUGAUCAGGCUACGAAACAGGCCACAGACUGCUCAAUGGACGAUGCCGUCUGUAUGUGCGUUCAGAAGAACUAUGAGGCCAUCUACAACGCUGGCGUGAACUGUGUUCUGCAAGCAUGUGGCCCAGAUGAAGCCGUCGGCAAGGUUCUGCCCGCCGGCGCAAAAUUCUGUGCUGCUGCCACUGCUCAGGCCAAGGCUGGAGGUGCUUCAAAGACUACUGCUCCCACGGCAACUGGUCCAGCCACCGGAGUCGUGACUGGGGACACUACUUCUGCUGCCUCAACACGAUCCUCGGCUGGUCAGGCCACCAGCACCUCGGCUCCCGGAGCUGCGGCCACUGAUGCUCCAGGAAGGGCUCUCGGUCUGCUUGUCGCCGGGCUGUUGGCUGCCCUGUAG